AUGAAUCGUCGAAGGAUAGAACAAAGAAGUCUUGCUUUCCUCAUUAUUUUCGCAUUUCUUUUCAAUGCAAUUUGCGUUUCGGCAAACUACCCAAAUGAUGAUGGUGUUGAUGACGAUACGGUUCUUACAAUUGCAGAGUCUUGUGCCCCGAAAAGUAGAAGUCGCCGUGCCAUAACUGUCGAUCGCAUGACCAUGACGUGCUCUGAGGACGACGAUCAGAGUCCUUCUUGCAGCGUUGGCAGUUUUGCACAGGUGACACUGGAUUUUUGGUUGAAGAAAUACUCGAGGGGAAGCAAAUUAGACAUCAGAGUUUCAUCAAUCUACUCUGGGAGUGCCGAAGUUGUGAUGGGUUCUACGAAUCUAUGUUUAUUAUCCUAUGAUAUAUUGUCAGCAAAGUCGAGGAGACGUUAUAAUGAUGACGAUGCCAACAAUGAUUAUCAGACAUGCAACUUGGUACUUGGAAAGUACAGGGCCUACCUUAACUUUACAGUUCCAGAUUUCGGCUUCAAUGACAACGAACUUCAUUUUACUCCCGAUUUGCGUGUCAAAUUCUUUGAUUCCACUGAUCAUUUCAAAAUUGGCUGCGUGGAGAGUGGAUCUCUAGCGGAAAGAGCACUUCGGAUAACGAGAGACAAGAGAGGGACGGAGGCUUUCAUGCUGUGUAUUGUAAUUUUUGUAAUGAUGUUUGCGAUCCUGCUAUGUUGUUUCAAGGGAAGAAAACAACUCUCGGACAUUGACCUGGCAAAUCGACGUGCCUUGCGACGAUUUAACUACCGGCAGACGACAAAAAAUGGAACUAUGCAGAAUGGAGAGGAUAUGGUGAUGUCGGUUUCGCAAGCAGGUGAAUGGAGCCGAAGGCAGUUCACAUGA